AUGGCAUCAACCCCGAAUGGGUCUCCUCCGGAGGCCGAUCCGAAACCGGUUGGGAAGCCGCCAGAAGAGCCUAAGGCACCUCCCCAAAACGAAAAGAACGCGAAAACUGAGGCCGCCGAGACAUCGAAACCGAAGCUCUCUGGCGCAGAACUAAAGGCAAAAGCCAAGGCGGAAAAGAUGGCAAGGAGAGCCCAAGCGAAAGUGUCAAAAGAUGCCGCGAAGGGAGAAGGCGUCGCACCGUCAACAGCUGCGCAGUCAGGUCCACCGGGUGAAGCAAAGGGCAGCAAAGCAAAGGGGAAGCAGGAUAGCGCCGGGACAGCUGGGCCCGGGGGGGCAGGGAAGUCGGCAGGGUCUAAGGGGGCUCCCCUCGUUCCCGCCGAGCCGAAGCUCUCCGUUCCCGAGUGUUUCAGUCACCUCUCCAUGGCCAAAAGAAUACCCAUAACACAGGCAGAUAAGGACGUCCACCCGACCGUUCUGGCGCUGGGUCAGCAGAUGGCGACGUUUACAAUCGAUGAGGGAAUCGCCCGGCUGAAAGCCACCCUCUUGGCCUUCAAAAAGGUCAUCGACUCAUAUACUACACCUCCGGGGAACACUCUUGCGAGGCACCUGACGCCUCACGUCUUGAAUCCUCAGAUCGACUACCUCACCGCGUGCCGACCGAUGUGCUUCUCGAUGGGAAAUGCAAUCCGUUGGCUCAAACUCCAAGUCAGUAAGAUCGACCCGGAUGUCCCCGAAUUGGAUGCCAAGAAGCAGCUCUGUAGCAGCAUAGAUGUCUUCAUCCAGGAGCGAAUCACCAUCGCCAACCUCGUCAUCACCGAGAAGGCUGCCGAGAGGAUCCAGGAUGGCGAUACCGUAUUGGUCUUUGGGCGGACCACCCUCGUCGAACACGCCCUUAUCCAUGCACACUUAGUCGCUCAAAAGAAAUUCUCGGUCAUCGUCGUUGAUGACCCGUAUGAGAGAAAAGGCCAGACCCUGGCCACGAACCUCACUGCCGAGGGGAUCCGGGUGUCAUACAGCGGGGAUUUCGGGGGGCUGAGAUGGCACCUACACCACGCAACCAGAGUGCUGGUCUCUGCCGAGUCCAUGUUCAACAACGGAUCCAUGUACGCGCGAUCGGGAACCUGCGAUCUCGCCAUCGCCGCUAAAGGACUGGACAUACCCGUCCUCGUCCUCUCCGAGACCGUCAACAUCACCGAGCGAGUUUCUACGGACUCUCUCACGUACAACGAGAUCGACCCCGAGCGGUGCACAGGCGCAUCUUUCAGGUUGCUCUACGACACGACUCCGGACAGGUAUUUGUCGUUGGUCAUCACGGAGCUGGGGACGGUGCAGCCCACGUCAGUGCCGGAUUUACUACGGAAGCUUGAAGAGUCCAACUAG